AUGAACGAAGAGGAAAAGAAGCUGCGUAAAACACCAGAAAGGUUUAACGUAACAGAAAUUAUACAGCAUCUGCUACAAAAAUCGGAUUACAAAACCGAGGACGAAGCAGAGGGUGCAUCUCCGUCAGAAUAUAUGAGGCAAAUGUCGAUGACAACAGAGGAGAGAACCAGGCAUCUCUUCAAGUUGAAGCACAAGUUAAAUUGCUUUUUUUCGGGUCUAGAGGAUUGCAACUUCGAGAUCACUCCUAGUGUCGUUAUUUUUCAACAAUUCACUGCCGGAAAUGCUUGCAGCGUGACGAUACCGAGAUACGUAAGAACGUCGUGUGAAUUGCAUCCCUUCUUCACCGUCGAGCACCGCGGAAGUUAUUACUCGAUGAUGUUGGCACCAGGACUCGUGAAUUCUUACACCGUGACAUUUAUGCCCGAGAGGAAACAAAACUACCAAUAUCAGUUAAAAUUUGCUACCGACACCGGAGAAUUAAUCGUACCUGUUAUAGCAAUUGGAUCGAGAGGGAUUUUAGACUUCCCUGAUAGAAUCGAGAUACCGGCGACUGCAGUGAAGAUUGUUUCUACGAAGACCAUUUUUGUGAGAAAUAUUGGGGAUGCUGAGGCGGUUUUCACUAUUUGUUCUGACGAUCCACAUUUCUGGAUCGAGCCUUCGAAGGGUAGAAUAGAGGAAGAAGAAUCUGUGCAAUUUAAUGUGCAUUUUAUGUCUAAGAAAGCUGGGGACUUUGAAGGGAAAUUGUUCCUGGAAUACGACGCAGGAGUAAAACUGGAGAUACAUGUACAGUGUUCUGCAGAAAAUUGUCCCAUUCGAAUUGACAGGGGUAGCGUCAGAAUGGAGGACACUGAUUUAGGGUUGUCCAGAAGCAAGAUUAUCACUAUUCAUAACAGGAGUAAUUAUAUAGUUAAAUAUCAGUGGAUGAUGCUUAAGAGCGAGGAAGAGGAUAAUCAACAGAAAGAGGAGAUAUUAAAAGAAAGUUUUUACUAUAGAUAUAAAAAGUUAUGUCACUUAGUCUACGAAUGGGACCUGGAUCGUUAUGCGGACCUCGAAUAUUAUCACGUGUGCACCCCCGAUAUUCACAAACUGAUUUACCAGCGAAUUUACGCGGACGAAUUGGAAUCGUUGACCAAAGAAACUUUUCCCUACAAACACCUAUUCUUUACGAUCGUCCCACAGGAGGGUGAAAUUUGGCCACAAUCGUCCAUCAAUGUCACAGUCUUUUAUUACGCCAUGGAAAUAGGGGAAGUAACAAGCACAGCUUAUUUAGAAAUAACAGGCUUAGAGAAUAGAGUACCAUUGAGCCUUCAUGGAACUGGAAAGGGACCUGUUCUUCGUCUGAACGUACUCACGAUCAAUGUAGAAAAUAUUUAUUUGUGCUCCGUGCAUAAUUAUGAGAUAGUAGCCGUGAACAAAGGCCACAUUCCUGGAACGUUGGUUCACAGACCGAAACAGAGCGAUUUUGGCGGUACAAUUGAAAUAACACCCGUUUGUCUCAAGUUGCAACCCAGCGAGCACAAAUCUUUCAAUUUGUCAUUUUCCUCGAAUCGCAAGGGAGAUUUCGUGGAAAGGGUCGAUUUCGUCGUGAAAGAGAGCCUUGAAGUGCUCAGCUUGCACAUCAAAGGAUGUAUCGUGUGCCCGACUUUGCACUUUGAUAAGGAGAGCCUCGAUUUUGGUACUACUGCCCUAGGGUUCAGCGCCCGACAAGAAGUCUACUUGAAUAAUUUAUCCCUAAUGCCAGUGGCAUUCACCAUAACCGUGCUGAACGACGGUAACCAACCACCACUGACUCACGAAGAAUUCAUCAGGGCUCCCACAAAAAGCAGUUUCCCUUCGAAUCCUCGAGAGUUUUACGUCGUACCCGAAGAGGGUGUCGUUGCAGCUCAAGACCUCCUCAGAAUUAAAGUUACCUACAUCGCUAACCUUGCUCGUUCUGGUCAAACGACGAUUCAAGUCAUUAUGAAGGACUCGGACCUAGAUCCAUUAACCCUACCCGUCAAGUUCUUUGGUCACGUGGCUACCUUAUUGAUAAUUCCAUCGGAAAUAACUAUUCGAUUUUGCUUUAUCAAUUUUCCCUAUUCGAGGUCUUUUACGGUGCAGAAUACCUCCGAUCUGGAUGGGUACUUCUAUAUUAUACCGCAACAAGUGACAGAAGACACACCUGUGAUCUACUCUCUGUCGACGUACCAAGGCUACAUCAAGGCGAAUCAGUCAAGAACAAUUAACGUGACAAUUAUCACGAAGGUGUUGGGAACACAGAAAGUCACCCUGAAGUAA